AAAGACUGUAACAACAUGAAAGACCCUUGCCUCUCCAGUCCCUGUCACGGAAAGGCCACGUGUGUGAAGACCCCGAGAGGAAGGGGCUUUCUGUGCGAAUGUCCUCCCGGGUAUGGUGGGACGACCUGUGAAGCUGCCAUCGGUCCCUGUGGCGUGAGCUCCUGCCAGCACGGGGGUGUCUGCCGUCAGGACCCCGUUCUCCCUGUCUGCAUCUGCCCUGCCGGCUACGCUGGAAGAUUCUGUGAAAUAGAUCAGGACGAGUGUGCCUCCAGCCCUUGCUGCAACGGGGCCGUGUGCCAGGAUGGCAUCGACGGCUACUCCUGCUUCUGUGUCCCCGGGUACCAAGGCAGGCACUGCGACCUGGAGGUGGACGAGUGUGUUUCGGAGCCCUGCGAGAACCAGGCUACGUGUGUCAACGAGAUAGGGAGAUACACCUGUGUCUGUCCCCACGGUCAUUCCGGUGUAAAUUGUGAAUUGGAAAUUGACGAAUGCUGGUCCCAGCCCUGUUUAAAUGGUGCAACUUGUCGGGACGCUUUGGGGUCUUAUUUCUGUGACUGUGGCCCUGGAUUCCUGGGGGAUCGCUGUGAGCUCGACGUUGACGAGUGUGCCAGUCAGCCGUGUCUCCACGGAGGGCUGUGUGUGGACGGAGGAAACAGGUACAGCUGUCACUGCGCGGGCAGUGGAUACACAGGGACACACUGCGAGACCUCGAUGCCUCUCUGUUGGUCAGAACCCUGCCACAACAAUGCCACGUGUGAGGACGGUGUUGGCAAUUACACUUGUCACUGCUGGCCUGGGUACGCCGGAGCCCAGUGCGAGACCAGCAUCCGGGGAUGCGCCAGCAACCCCUGCCAGUCUGGCGGAGCGUGCGUGGAGCUGUCCUCGGAGAAGCCGCGCGGGCGCGUUGCUGGGCUGCCUGCCUCAUCCAGCCACCCUGAAGCCUCGGGCUACGUUUGCACCUGCCGGCCUGGAUUCACAGGAAUCCACUGUGAAGAAGACAUCAACGAAUGCUCCUCAAACCCUUGCCGAAAUGGUGGCACCUGUGAGAACUUGCCUGGGAAUUACACCUGCCGUUGCCCCUCUGAUGACCUUUCUGGAACAUUUUAUGGCGGAAGGGACUGUUCUGACGUCCUCCUGGGCUGUACCCGUCGGCCGUGUCUGAACAGUGGAACGUGCGUCCCCCACUUCCACGACGGCCAGCACGGAUUCAGCUGCCUGUGUCCACCCGGCUACGCCGGGUCCUCGUGCGGAGCGGUCACCACCCUGUCAUUCGAGGGCGGUGGCUUCCUGUGGGUCGCGAGUGGCUCAGUCCCGACCCAGGGCUCGGUGUGCGACGUGGCCCUGCGGUUUCAGACUGUUCAGCCGACGGCUCUCCUCCUCCUCCGAGGCAACGGGGACGUGUUCGCGAAGCUGGAGCUGCUAAGGGGCCGCGUUCACUUGUCAGUUCAGGUCAUGGGUCAGUCAGACGUGCUUCUGUCCCUCUCCCACCACGCCAGUGACGGGCAGUGGCAUUCCGUGGAGGUCACGUUUGCAGAGGCUGUGACCCUGACCUUGAGCGACGACUCCUGUGAGGAGGGAUGCAUCGCUAAGGCUCCUUCUCCGUUCGAAAGUGGUCGAUCAAUAUGUGCUUCCCAGAACUCCUUUUUGGGUGGCUUACCGGCGGGGACGGCCAGCAGUGCUGUUGCUCUGCGUGACAUCUAUAAUCUGCCGUCCACACCUUCGUUCGUAGGCUGUCUCCAAGACGUUAAAAUUGAUGGGAACCACAUCGCCCUGGAGAACGUCUCGUCCGGCUCGUCACUGAACGUCAAGGCAGGCUGCGUGGGAAAGGACUGGUGCGGCAGCCAGCCUUGUCAGGGCAGAGGACGCUGCGUCAACCUGUGGCUGAGUUACCAGUGUCACUGCGACAGGCCCUACGCAGGCCCCACCUGCCUGGGAGAGUACGUAGCAGGCAGAUUCGGCCUCGACGACUCCACCGGAUACGCCGCCUUCACGCUUGAUGAAAGCUACGGGGAGAACAUCAGCCUUUCCAUGUUUGUCCGGACACACCGAUCAUCGGGCUUACUUCUAGCUUUGGAAAACAGCACUUACCGACACAUCCGUGUCUGGAUAGAGCACGGAAGAUUAGCAAUGCUGACUCCAGGCUCCCCAAAAUUAGUAGUAAAAUUUGUUAUUAGUGAUGGAAAUGUCCACUUGAUAUCUUUGAAAAUCGAACCAAGUAAAAUUGAACUAUAUCAAUCUUCACAAAACCUAGGAUUUAUUUCUGCUCCUACAUGGAAAAUCCGAAGGGGAGAUGUCAUCUACAUUGGUGGCCUCCCUGACAAGCAAGAGACAGAACUGAAUGGUGGGUUUUUCAAAGGCUGUAUCCAAGAUAUAAGACUAAACAACCAAAACCUGGAAUUCUUCCCCAAUGCAACGAAUAAUGCGUCUCUCAAAUCAAUUCUUGUUAAUGUGACGGAAGGCUGUCCUGGAGACAACAUGUGCAAGUCCAAACCCUGCCACAAUGGAGGCGUCUGCCGUUCCCUGUGGGACGACUUCUCGUGUUCCUGCCCUGCGCACGCAGCCGGGAGAGCCUGUGAGGAGACUCGGUGGUGUCAGCUCGGCCCGUGUCCUCCCAGAGCCCGGUGCCAGCCGGUGCCUCGAGGAUUUGAAUGUAUCGCAAAUGCCGUUUUUAACAGACAAAGCAGUGGAAUAGUAUUCAGAAGCAAUGGGAAUAUUACCAGAGAACUCACCAAUAUCACAUUUGGUUUCAGAACCAGGGAUGCAAAUGUGAUAAUCCUGCAUGCAGAAAAAGAGCCUGAAUUUCUUAAUAUCAGCAUUCGCGAUUCCAGAUUAUUCUUUCAACUGCAAAGUGGCAACAGCUUCUAUAUGCUGAGCCUGACAAGUUUGCAGUCAGUGAACGAUGGCAUGUGGCACGAAGUGACUUUUUCCAUGGCAGACCCGCUGGCCCCGGCCUCCAGGUGGCAGAUGGUCGUGGAUAACCAGACACCUUCUCUGACCAGUGCGGUCCCUACCGGAAGCCUCAGCUUUUUGAAGGAUGAUACAGACAUCUAUGUGGGUAACCAAGCGACUGACAACACGGAGGGCCUGGAAGGGUGUCUAAGUACAAUAGAAGUCGGAGGUAUCUAUCUCUCUUACUUUGAAAGUGUUCGUGGUUUCACUAACAAACCCCAGGAAGAGCAAUUUCUCAAAAUCUCUACCCAUUCAGUGGUGACUGGGUGUUUGCGGGUAAAUGCCUGCCACUCCGACCCCUGUUUGCACGGAGGAAACUGUGAGGACAUCUAUAGCUCUUACCACUGCUCUUGUCCCGUGGGAUGGUCGGGGACGCGCUGUGAGCUCAGCAUCGAUGCAUGCUUUCCAGACCCCUGUAUCCAUGGCAACUGCUCUGGCGGAGCCUCAGCCUACCACUGCAGAUGCGAGCCCGGCUACACCGGGGUGAACUGCGAAGUGGAUGUCGACAACUGCCAGGGUCACCAGUGUGCAAACGGGGCCACCUGCAUCAGUGGCAUCGGUGGCUAUUCUUGCCUCUGUUCUGGAAAUUUUACAGGAAAAUUUUGCAGACAGAGCGGAUUACCCUCGACGGUCUGUGGGAACGAGCAGGCAAAUCUCACGUGCUACAACGGCGGCAACUGCACGGAGCUGCAGGCCGGACCGAAGUGUGUGUGCCGGCCCGGUUUCGCCGGAGAGCGGUGCGAAGAGGACGUCGACGAGUGUGCCUCGGAUCCCUGCCUCAACGGCGGCCUGUGCCAGGACCUGCACGACGGGUUCCAGUGCCUGUGCGGCGCGGCCUUCGCCGGCCGGCGCUGCGAGCUGGACCUGGCAGACGACUUGCUCUCAAGUGUCUUCACAGCCGUCAGCUCAGCGACCCUGGUCUUGUUAUUGAUCCUCCUGCUGGCCGCCGCCGCCUCCAUUGUUGCCUCCAACAAAAGGGCGACUCAGGGAACCUACAGUCCGAGCCGCCAGGAAAAGGAGGGCUCCCGAGUGGAAAUGUGGAGCCUGAUGCCGCCGCCUGCAAUGGAGAGGCUGAUUUAG